CUCGACUACUAACAAAGAAGGGGCGUUCCAGACCUUCUUUUGAAAACAAAGAAGGGGCGUUCCAGACCUUCUUUUGAAAUGGCUGAAUCUACAACACUGAAUGCUGCUAGUUCCCCACAGUUGAUGGAAGGACUCACUGAUGAGGAAAGGGUAUGAUAUUCAAUGAUCAGUGCAUUCUCCUAGUGCCUAGAUGUACUUGUGGACCACCCAUAAACACACUUGCAUCAUUCAUAUCACAGUAUAGUGCUCUGAGCACUCGUUGUUAGGAGGUAGACAGUGUAAAGAAGAGCACAUACGGAUAACUGAAUGUGAUACUAUUCCUUAAUUGAGACAAGUAGAUCUACUCGUAGUAGUACCUGAAAGUAUGUAUGAAUUCUGUGUCAUAGUUAAUCAGUCUGCAUGCAAGUUUAGCUGUCCACAAUUAUUUCCCCUCCCCUGUGUCAUGCAAUCACCAGUGUACGUAUCACUGCACUAAUGUUCUCUUCCUUCCAUUUCAUGCAUCUCCACCGCACCUUUGACUGACCCUCUGAAACAACAGCGUGCGAAGGCUAGGUAUGAGAGUGAACUGAAGAGUCAUGAGACGAGAAGAGCUGCCCUCCAACAGAGACUGUCUGGUGACAUCACUGACCAGGACCGGAGACAACUGCUGGGAGAGCUGGAGGAGGUGGAGGGGAAGAUCAAGGAGUGUGUCUCAGAGAUACAAGAGUGUGAGGGGUGGAUACAUCGCUAUGAGAAUAAGAUUGCUGAGAUACGAGUAAGAGGAGAGGAGUGGCAGAAAAAGGAAGAAUCAGCAAAGCAGUUGUUUGAUGAGGCGAUGAAGCACGGACAUGUCUUGAUCAACAUUGUCAACAUACUCGUGUUUGGACCGGCGGGAACAGGGAAGACCAACCUCAAGCACCUGCUAACUGACAAGCCCCCUCCACCACAGCGAACUAAUAUUAUGGAAAAUCCAGUGUGCAUUCGACCUGUGUCCAACACAAAAUUCAGGUCAACUGGAAGGGGCUGGGAAGAGAUGUUUCAGCCAAAGAUGCUCAAUCUACUAGCUCAAAUCAUUGCCAAGUUACCAAAAGAAAGCACUGAUCGCUCCAUGGCAUCAAGGAUUGUCAAUGGCUUGAAGAAGAUGAUCACGGCAUGGAUUCCCAAGAGGAUGACCACAACCGAGCCAACUUCUGGUUCCAAAUCGAGCCCAUCGAGCAUCGAUUCCGAGGAACUUUCUGGCUCUGCAAUGUUAAACAAAGCCAUCGAUGAAGUGAUAGCGAGUGUAGUGAGUGGUGUGGCAGAAGAGCUGCAGCCAGCCACACAGGGAACUGACCAACUGUCAAGCAGUGACCAGCAAGAAGGAGAACUGUUUGAUUCCAACUGGGUGCACGUUACCGACUGUGGCGGCCAGCCGCAAUUCCACGACAUCAGCCCUCUCUUCAUCAAGCACAUUUCGGUGGCACUGAUAGUCUUGCGUUUGAUUGACGAACUCUCCAGUUUCCCUUCUGACGAGUACUACAAGGAUGGGAAGCUUUUUGGUAGUCCUCAUGCAUCUCACAUGACCCUCGGGGAGACACUUCAGAGUCUCAUUCGAUCGAUUGAGUCACAAGACAAGAAGCCCAGUAUGAUCUUUGUGGGCACAUUCUUGGAUCAGCUGAAGAGCUCGGAUAUACUUAUCAAGAGAAAUAAAGAGAUUCUUGACAUGCUGCCACCCGAUAUCAAGAAGCUAUUGGUGUACGAAAAUCUUGGAAUGAACAAUCUUAUUUUUGGUCUCAACACAAUCAGCCGAGAAGAUCAUUCACUGGCCACUGCCAAUAGGAUUAGAAUUGCUGUUGAGGACUCUAUUCCGCUACAAGUCAAAAUGCCCAUCUGGUGGUCCUUCUUGGAUUCACUUCUCCAGAGUUUAUCUGCCAGUCUCGAGCGAGGUGUACUAAGCAUUGAAGAAUGUCUCCAAUUAGCCACUCGAUUUGGUUAUUCACUCAAAGAUCUUGAAGCUGCUCUGGUCUUCUUUGACAACGUGUGUAUAGCGCACUACUAUCCUUCCAUUCUCCCCAACACAGUGUUUGUGGAUGCCCAGAUUCCACUAGACAAGAUCACCGAGCUCUCACAGCACGCCAUCUCUCUGAGGACUGCAGGCUCUACUGUUAGCCCAGGAGGGACAGGCGCCGAAUGGAAGAGAUUUCGAGACGAGGGCAUAAUCACUUUAAAGUUUCUACGAUUCUUUACGAAGCAUUAUGUUGAAGGCAUCUUUUCUCCAGAAGAUAUGCUGUUGAUCAUGAAAGAUCUUCUUGUGAUUGCUCCCAUUCCUCUAGUGGAGUCCACUACCCACCAAGUUGAGUUCUUCAUGCCAUCUCUACUCACAUCGAUCCAACCUGCUGAGCUAGACAAGAUUCGUUCCUCCUUCACAAUAUCCCCCUUCGCUAUCUACUUUCGUAGUGGGUGUAUUCGCUCUGGGGUAUUUUGCUGUCUAGUUGUGGACGUGAUCAAGAGACUGGGCUGGAAAGUUUUACUUCCUUCUGGGAAACCAAUUUGCUUUGCUAAAAAUUGUAUCCAGCUAAAACUUCCCGAGAUCCCGUGUACCGUGACUCUGAUCAACUCCUUCUCGUAUCUUGAAGUGUAUAUCAAGGUCCUUCUUUCUCUUCGCAAAGAACUUUGCCCUACGGUCCGCAACAAAAUUUUGAAGAGCAUUAGAUUGUCCUGUAAAGCGUUGCAUUACAACAACGACACACCCAAGACAGGCAUCUUCUGCCCAUGCAAGAAGAGCACUGGAAGCAUACGCAAAUUGCACCUUGCCUAUGUCAGCGAACGAAAUGGCUGUAAGUUUUGGAUGUGCUCCCUUAAGGCUGAUGUGUGGGGAGAGCUCAGUGAAGAAGAUAGAAUCUGGCUGGACAAUAGCGAAGGUUCAGGUGAACCAUCCUCUGUUACGAGAGAUGUCACUGAAAGAACGAGUGAUCAGCUGCAAUACCCCGGUGAAUUGUCCUCUGUUACAGUAAUGGAAGAUGUGUGUAAGAAGACUGGAGUGAGGGACCAACAACUAGAUCAAGAAAUCCCUGAGAAUGACAUCACUCGAUUUGCGGAGAAAUUUCCUCACCUGCUGAGCGUGCACAAGGCUUUGACAAUUGACGAUCUACAACAUGUUUACGAGAAACUACACACUGCACAUGCAAGUGCCAGCCCUCACUGGUUGAAUCUGGGAUUGGCUCUAGGUCUCAGUCAUUUCAUUCUCACCAAUAUCGAUACCGGAAAGUAUCGUGGCGAUAAUGUGUCGUGCUUGCGUGAAAUGUUGGUUAAGCUCCUGAGUACACAAGUUGUAACAUGGAGUCUCCUGUCAGACGCUCUCAAAAAACCCACAGUGGAUCUCAUCAAUUUGGCUGACAGCAUCACAGUCAAUCAAUCCACAACUCCUAACCUGCUCAAUCGACUCAACCUCACCCCAGCCGACUGUGAUGGUGUAACUGAUAUCACAAGUCGUUAUGGCAAUCAAGCUGGAGUGGCUCAUGCAUUGAGAGCGUGGCGAAAAACGAAUCCUUCCAGAGCUACCUUCAGGGCCUUGGUGGAAAUUGCCAUAGGACUGAGAAGAGGAGACACUGCUACAGACAUUUGUAGAUUCAUUGUAGAGAAUACGAGUUGGGAAAACAACUUUUGUUCUCCAGGUGAUAUGCGCACAAAGAUGGAUCAGCAGCAACAAUCUGGAUCACCAUUUGUCUUUUUGAUUCAACCCAAAGAUGUUUGUUGCAAGCCUGGAGAUAAAGCUGAAUUUACAGUAUCGACAUCACCUUCCGAUACGAGAUCUACAUAUCAGUGGUAUUUCGACAAUCAAGCAUUAUCACUUCCUGAUGGACAAAACUUCCUCUCUGAAUAUAAAGGACAACAAUCUGAAUGUCUUCUUGUAUUAAAGCUCCUUCCUAGGCAUAAAGGUGUUUACUGGUGUGUUGCUGAAGAUGCAUCUGGUACUCGGAUCACCUCACAACAUGCAACACUCACUGCAGAGGGAGAGAACAUUGGAAAUCAAGAAUUGCAAUUCAUAGGAAAGAUUCUGGAAAAUUCUUCAAUUGACUUUGGAAAACAUGGGAUUGAGACGGUGCACCUACUCAGUGGCGAGAGUAAUGUGACUUACGAAGAGAUGGAGUUUGUAAUGAAAUUGAAUCCAAAGACUCAAGUGUUAUCCAUAAACCUAAAGCAAGAAAUCACAGCAAGACUAAAAGAGGAGCAAGUCUAUGACGAAGCCAUAAAGUUUAAAGAGAAGGUCUCCCUUACGUACACCAAAAUCCUUGCUCUGGGUCCAGGCCAAGUUGGAAAGUCUACUUUUAUUAACAGAUUGUUGGGGAAAAUGGAAGGAAACAUCCAAACAUCUCCUCGAGAAACACAGCCUCAAUCUAGUACAGGUGUAUCAGAGGUGACAGAAGCUUGUAUACAGUGUGAAACAAUCACUGGUGCUGUAACUUCUAAUAGUAAAAAAUGGUGUGUUGUCAAAGAUGAGCUGUGCGAUCAACUUGGUGGUUUAAUGUCAUUAAUAGUUAAGCCAUCUCAGGGCCCAAAGCACACACAAAUUCAACCGUCCAAAAAAAGGGGUAUGCAUGGAAUCCCAAAAGCCAGCAUAGCUAACAAGGUUCAAACUGAAUCAGUGGUUGAUAUCGAUGUUUUGCCAUUGGAAGAUGAAGAGAAACAUGACUAUACAUUAUCUAGUGAAGGCAUUGAAAUUCAACCUAUGGAAGGACUACCAGUUACUAGAUCUAGUUCUACUCUAGAGUCAAGACAAGAUUCAUUGAUGCCCCAAGAAUCAGAUAUUAACAAAACCAUUAGGGAGUUCGAAGAACUAAAAAAGAAAUGGAGUCAUAGACUAGAUCUAGAUAGCAUGGAUUUUGAAAUGCUAUUUACUGUAGCUGAUGUUGGAGGACAACCAGCAUUUCUAGAAAUGCUACCAUCCUUAACUAUAGGACCAGCUCUAUACCUUGUGUUUAUGAAACUUAAACAAGAGCUAAAUUUCAGAAGCCAAGUGCAGUUUAAAUGCAAGAACUCGACUACUAAACAUUUUGAGAAUUACUCGUACACUUCAGAAGAAGUCAUUUUUUCAGCACUUUCAAGCAUAGCUUGCUUUGGGCACUCAGAUGAACAAGUGGAAAAAUAUGUUAAACCAGCAUCAAACGAGAAAAAGCGGAAAGAUUCUGUUGCGUUACUUGUAGGAACUUUUCUUGAUGAGAUUCAAAAUGAUCUACAGCCAAGUCUUGACAAGAUAAAUAGACAGCUAGACGAACGGCUUAAAAACACAGCAUUUUUUGAAGAAGGGCUCGUCCAUAGUAUAAAAUUGUCAGUUGAAAACAGCUUAUUAGUGAACAAUUUGAGUGCCAAAGACAGUGAAAUCAAAAAGCACAGAGACUUUUUAGAAAAUAUACUCAAAAAUUACUUUCGAGAAUAUCAAAUCCCAGUACAAUGGUUAAUGCUCAGUAUUUGUCUUAAGAUUCUUGCUAAAAAUCAAAACAAGUAUCAUGUUUCCUUUGAUGAUUGCGUCAAAUUGGGCAAGUAUUUUGAUAUGGACGAAGAGAUGGUGAGUGUUGCCUUGCAGUUCCUACACAAAUACAUUGGGCUUAUAAUGUAUUUUCCUCAUCACGAUAACCUUAAGAAAAUUGUAAUAUGUAAUCCACAAGUAGUUUUUUCAACCAUCAGUGAACUAAUCUUCAACAUUUACGAUCACAACAAAAAUCAAGUUAACCAAGCAAAGUGUGACCACUUUGUGCAAACUGGUUGCUUUUCACCAAAAGAUAUCAAGCUAGAAUCCGUGAAUCAAGAGAAGAAUAAACUCCUUCCUAUUGAAACAUUAGUUGAUCUGUUAGUCUACCUUCACAUUGCUGCUAAAGUGCCCCUGUCUUCUGAUAAAGAGUACUUUCUUCCUGCGGUUCUUCAAACUGCUGAAACAGAUAUGGUUCAAAGGAGGCAAAAAGAUACAAAUGAGGAAUUGCUUCCCGAACCAAUCUGCAUUCGAUUUAAAACGGGAUAUCUACCCUUAGGCUUUGUAUGUGCAUUGAGUGCAAAUCUUAUUGCUGAGAAUACGUUUGAUCUACUCAUUAGUGAUAGCAAGUGUUACAAGAAUAGGAUCCUAUUUCGAUUCGACGGUAAAUUCGAUAUCACUGUGAUUUCUUGUCCUAGGUAUUGCGAGUUUCGUGUUUCGAGACACUCAGGCAACACUGAAUUUUGGAGUGAGCAUUGUUGUCCUCUAAUUAGAGAAAUUGUAUGCACAGCUGCCAAUAAGGUUAUCCAAUCUAUGCAACAUGGUUUGCGUUCAGUAGGUACAGAUUCUGUAAUGUAUACACUAGCUUUCCAUUGUCCAAGAGAAGUACACUCUAAGGCAGAAUUUGGACAGGAGUCUCUCGCUAUAUUCUGCCAUUCUGACCAAGACACACGUGUUCCUAAGGAGGCUAAAUGCACUGACUGUAAAACUGCUAUUGAUAUACUGACCCCUGGAAUGAGUGUUUGGUUCGGUGAGGUUCCAAAUAUUCCGCUGAAAAUUGAAAAACAACCUGCUCGAAAAGAAAAUGUCAUAAGCAUAAGUGCAGAUGGAGUACGACCACUAACGUAUCAAUGGUUUUUAGAGAAUGAAAAGCUUUGUGAUGACCAGGACUAUGAGGGUUAUGCAACAGAUAAGCUUGUCAUUAAGAAUGACCGUUUUUUGACUGAAGGUGUAUUUAAAUGCGAAGUGAAAGACAAGUUUCUUUGCUGUGUUGAAUCUUUUGAGCUUGAUCUCUUUGAAGAGGAGCUCAGAAGUACUGGGAAGUUGCACAAAGAAGAGAUCGGCAAACUAAAAGAUAAUGGAUUUAAAAGUGUCAGUGGUUUGCAAGGUGUCCAGCUGGACGAGCUGAAAUGUUUGAACAUGGCCGAAAAGAUAAGGAUAAAACUAUUUUUGAAAAGUAAUGUUGCAAUAUCUGCCUCACGCAGUCUCAAAAGAUCUUUGUCACCAGAUGAAGAAGUUAAAACACAACCGAAGCGUCAGAAAAAGGAUAUCGCCUCACGCAGUCUCAAAAGAUCUUUGUCACCAGAUGAAGAAGUUGAAACACGACCGAAGCGUCAGAAAAAGGAUAUCGCCUCACGCAGUCUCAAAAGAUCUUUGUCACCAGAUGAAGAAGUUGAAACACGACCGAAGCGUCAGAAAAAGGAUAUCGCCUCACGCAGUCUCAAAAGAUCUUUGUCACCAGAUGAAGAAGUUGAAACACGACCAAAGCGUCAGAAAAAGGAUAUCGCCUCACGCAGUCUCAAAAGAUCUUUGUCACCAGAUGAAGAAGUUGAAACACGACCAAAGCGUCAGAAAAAGGAUAUCGCCUCACGCAGUCUCAAAAGAUCUUUGUCACCAGAUAAAGAAGUUGAAACACGACCAAAGCGUCAGAAAAAGGAUAUCGGUGAAUUGUCCUCUGAUACAGUAAUGGAAGAUGUGUGUAAGGAGACUGGAGUGAGGAACCAACACCUGCUGAGCCUGCACAAGGCUUUGACAAUCAACGAUCUACAACAUGUUUACGAGAAACUACAUGAAAGUGCCCCUCACUGGUUGAAUCUGGGAUUGGCUCUAGGUCUAACUUAUCCUGUUCUCACCAACAUCAGUAUGAAGCAUCGUGGCGAUAAUGUGCUGUGCUUGCGUGAAAUGUUGGCUGAGCUCCUGACUACACAACAUGUAACAUGGAGUCUCCUGUCAGACGCUCUCAGAGCACCCACAGUGAAGCUCAUUAAUUUGGCUGACAGCAUCAUGGUCAAUCAAUCCACAACUCCUGUUGUAGAGAAUACAAGUGGAACUGACCAAAACUGAACAUUUUAUAUUGUCUGUCUUCUCCGUAAAUAAAAUAUUGUGAUAUUUUCUGAAAAAUAUAUCUUUUUCAGCACAUUAAUUUUG